UUACACACUCACGCGUCUGGUUCCACAAGCAAAUACUGCUGUAUCUGUGCCGCACCGUGCUUUAUUCCUGACGAUGUGCUACCUCAUUUGACACUCCGCGAUCGGCGCCACUUGAGUAACGCCAGAGUACUUGGCAGACGCGGAAUUUCGCACCCCGCACUGACAUGGAAGCACAACAGCGAUCACAACGUUAUGGCAUGCGUCGGGUACACCUACCAUGUCUACGAAUCUUUUGAUCCGGCCAACCCCACCCACUGUCUAUCAGUUCAUAGAUCAUGCUAUGCGCUGCUGACAGAACGGCUCGAGACGACGUGCAUGGUGGACUCACACAGCCUGAUGCACAAACUGGCACCCCACAUUGGACCCCGUGGAGUGCUGGCCUUGCCUACGCCUAAACGCGUGCCCCCAGAUGCAUACUCGCACUGGAUGAUGUGUGACCCCACUGAUAUUCCUGCGACACCACUAUCGCUGGAAUUCAGCACAUGCAGAGAUAUGCCACUGGGAGCGGUGGCGGCAGAGUGUGCGGAUCUGCUUCUGGACAGUGGAGAGCGUGAUAUUCCUCACCAGCUUUUAACGCCCCCGCUUUCGCCGGCCGACUCACACCGGUGCUCAGAAUUUGAACCACCAGAGCAACUGCCUCCUCCAGCCAAAGUCAAGUAUGACUUGCUAUCACUCCCACCGCAUGUUUUGCUCGGAAUUGUAGCAAACCUGGAGCUGCACAGCAUCUACAACUUGGCACAAACGUGCUCUGCAUUCCGCAUGUAUUUUGGCAUGGGCUCGUCGAUAUGGGCGUUGAUGUGCCAUUCCACUUUUGCCUACGCACCAAAAUUCUCCAGCCCAGCACACUCUGCCUCGUACUAUUUGAAAGUGCGUGGCAACACGCGGCUCGAGCGCCAGGUACUAUGGCAGCGCAGGCGCAUAGAGGACAUUAUUAAGCAAAUGGAAACCAUAUACCAUUCUGCCCAAAUCUAACAAGCAAGUUGGUACCAGUACAUAUAUUCGAAGAAAGCGU